CAUGCAUCCAUCUUGUUGGACGGGACCGAGGACAGAUCACAUCACCACAGUGUGGGUGUAAUUAAGGUUGGGAAACGAGUAAUUAGCUUAGGUUAAUUAGGAUUCGAUCCAUCGAUACGAUGGCGUUGAGAAGAAUGGGCAUCAUUCUUGUGCUCUUGGCCAUUGCUACUCUGCUCUCGCCGGCAGUGUCCGCACGGUUCAUCUCUCUGCCCACCGACCAUCUUCCAAUCACUACGCCGCCCCUCGCCGACGGCCUCGGCUUCGACCUCUACAGCGACUCGUGCCCGCAGCUGGAGACCACCGUGCGCUCCGCCGUGCAGGCGGCGCUCCAGCAGGAGAUCGCCCUCGCCGCCGGCCUCCUCCGCAUCUUCUUCCACGACUGCUUCCCCCAGGGCUGCGACGCGUCGCUGCUUCUGACGGGAGCCAACAGCGAGCAGCAGCUGCCGCCCAACCUGACUCUGCAACCACGGGCGCUGCAGCUCAUCGAGGACAUCCGCGCCCAGGUGCACGCCGCAUGCGGCCCCACCGUCUCCUGCGCCGACAUCACCGCCCUCGCCACCCGCGACGCCAUCGUCGCCUCCGGUGGUCUGCCCUACGACGUGCCGCUCGGCCGCCUCGACAGCUUCGCGCCGGCUCCCAGCGACGCCGUCUUCCAGCUCCCGCAGCCCACCUCCGACGUCUCCACGCUGCUCAGCGCCUUCCAGACCCGCAACCUCGACAACGUCGACCUCGUCGCGCUCUCCGGCGGCCACUCCAUCGGCAGGGCGCGAUGCAGCUCCUUCUCCAACCGCUUCCGCGAGGACGACGACUUCGCCAGGAGGCUCGCCGCCAACUGCUCUAACGACGGCAGCCGCCUGCAGGAGCUUGAUGUCACCACCCCGGACGUGUUCGACAACAAGUACUACAGCAACCUGGUGGCCGGUCAGGGGGUGUUCACCUCCGACCAGGGGCUCACCGGCGACUGGCGCACCAGCUGGGUGGUCAAUGGCUUCGCCGGCAACCACUGGUGGUUCUACGGCCAGUUCGGCAGCUCCAUGGUGAAGCUGGGACAGCUCCAGGGUCCUUCAGGGAACGUCGGCGAGAUCCGCCGCAACAGCUGCUUCGUGCCCAACAGCCAGACCAUCCUUGCGGCCGCCGGCGACGAUGGCUUCACGGCAUCUGCUUGACAUCAUCACGUCAAAAGUCUUGUGUUGUACAAGACUCGAUCUUGUUCUUGAUCUGAGCACUAGCUAGCCGUCUCGUGCGUGCAUGAUAAUACUGCGUACGUACUUUGUAGUGCAGUGCGUCCCACGUACGUGACGUAUAGUUUAAUAAGAGUAUCUUUAAUCUGUUGAAGAUGCCUUGGCUCGUCGUCAAUCCUUUGAGGUACGAUCGAGAGAUGUUUGAGAAUUAUAAUACUCAAUCCGUUUCCAAAUAUUUGAUACCGUUUAAAUAUUUGAUACCUUUUACCA